GCCUCCUUCCGAGAGUUCUAGGUGUACGUCGCGUUCUCCGAACAUCCACGUCUCAGUGUUUGCACUCUGUCCAGCUGGCUUUGCUGUGGCGCAGUGCCGCGAGAGUGAACGCGCUUGAGUGAAGACGCUGUACUGACGUACUCCAGCCUCGUUUACACUUGUUUGGGAGCGGACCGCUAGCUCUUUCCCUUGAAGCACCACAUGUGCAGCCAGUAGACACAGCCUCCUCGCCCCUGGUCUCAUCCCUCAAAAUCACCCGCGUGCGCGCCUGCAGCACUCACCGGUCAAACUUAUUCAACCCAUUGUUCCAUCCGUAUCCUUCGCUUGCCUAGCAGCGCAUUCGAUCCCGCCUUCUGCCUAUCACCCCAGCCGCGAGGCUGACUUCAGGCACCACUAUGGCGGACAACACACCGGACGCGGGCCCGCGCCGAGCGAGGGCCCCUACCAUCACCAUUGAUACCUCCGCUGCUGGCGGCAACAACACUGGCGAACCUGUGCCUCUUCGUGAAAUCGACAACAGCAGUUCUACUAUGGAUAACGCGUCGCCCGAACUGCGCAGCGCAGGUUCUUUCGAAAGCAAUGCUAGUAGACCAGCCUCCUCGGCGCAUAACGUGUCGUCGCCAACCACGAAGUGGAACACCGGCGGAAACCUUCUGUCGGUACCCGGCGCGCACUCGCGAGGGAACUCAAUGGAUUCGAACGGGGAGCACGUCGAAUCGAAUUCCACCGGUACCUACGUUCCGUCUUCGCAAGGGGAGACGCUUAAGGGAGAAAUGGGACCUACAGAAGUCCUGAACGAUAAAGAUGCUCUUAAGCCUGAUCCUGGCACAGAAGCUGAUUUUGAAGUUGAAAACAACAAGUUUGCGUUUUCGCCCGGUCAGCUUGCCAAGUUGUACAACCCCAAGAGCUUAAGCGCUUUUUAUGCUUUAGGUGGAUUAGACGGAUUAGAGAAAGGCCUGCGAACGGACAGGAAGGCCGGGUUAAGCAUUGAUGAACAGCAUCUUGACGGCACGGUCACGUUCGAGGAAGCCACCAUGCCAAGCCAGACACAAACACCACCGAAAGCAUCCGCCAACGGCGCUGCUCAGAACGAUACGUCUAAUUCAUCAGGCCCGAACACUUUUGCGGAUCGAAUUCGCGUUUUCGCUGAUAAUCGCCUUCCGGAGAAGAAGACAAAGAACAUCUUUCAGCUAGCCUGGAUGGCGUAUAACGAUAAAAUUCUACUUCUGUUGACUGGCGCUGCGGUUAUAUCGCUUGCGCUUGGACUGUACCAGACCUUUGGAGUGAAGCACGAACCGGGCGAGCCCGCGGUCGAGUGGAUCGAAGGUGUAGCCAUUAUCGUGGCCAUCGCAAUCGUCGUUAUUGUUGGUGCUGCCAACGAUUGGCAGAAGGAACGUCAGUUCGUGAAGUUGAACAGGAAGAAGGACGACCGACAAAUCAAAGUCAUUCGCUCUGGCAGAACCCAGCAGGUUUUGGUCUAUGACAUUAUGGUUGGAGAUGUCGUCGCCCUCGAGCCUGGAGACAUGAUCCCCGUCGACGGUAUUCUCAUCCAGGGCCAUGGCAUCAAGUGCGACGAGUCUUCCGCAACCGGUGAAUCCGAUCUUCUGAAGAAGACACCUGGAGACGAGGCCUUCCGCGCCAUCGAAAAGCACGAGAACCUGAAAAAGAUUGACCCCUUCAUCCUCUCCGGCGCCAAGGUGUCAGAGGGUGUUGGCCACUUCUUAGUCACUGCCGUUGGUGUCAACUCAAGCUACGGAAAGACGAUGAUGUCCCUCCGCGAAGACAGCGAAGUCACCCCGCUGCAGUCAAAGCUAAACAUUCUUGCAACGUACAUCGCCAAGCUUGGUAGUGCGGCCGCUCUCCUUUUGUUCGUGGUGCUCUUCAUCGAAUUCCUGGUCAAGCUGCGUGGCAGCGGUACUACUCCAGCAGAGAAGGGCCAGAAAUUUCUCGACAUCCUUAUCGUUGCUAUCACUGUCAUCGUUGUGGCUGUUCCUGAGGGACUACCACUGGCCGUCACGCUUGCACUGGCUUUUGCGACGACUCGUAUGUUGAAGGACAACAAUCUGGUGCGCUUACUUCGAUCUUGUGAGACCAUGGGUAACGCAACGACGAUUUGCUCCGACAAGACUGGUACUCUGACCCAGAACAAGAUGACAGUCGUCGCUGGUUCUCUCGGCACUGUUCUACGAUUCGGCGACCACAAGCUCAAGGCCUCUCAGCAAGAUGCCCCGAUUCAAGAUGUCAGCAAGGGCAAGGAUGUUGCAGAGUCUCCGGUCGAAGGCCCCAAUGAUGUUUCCGCAUCUGAGUUUGCUGGUACAAUCAGCAAAGGCGUGAAAGAACUUCUCGAACAAUCGAUUGUCCAGAACACCACUGCAUUCGAAGGCGAGGCUGGCGGACCUGACCCUUUCAUCGGUUCCAAGACUGAAACUGCUCUUCUCGGUUUUGCACGCGACCAUCUCGGCAUGGGCCACCUCGGCGAGGAGCGAUCCAACGCCAACAUUGUACAAGUCGUUCCUUUCGACUCCGCCAUCAAGUGCUCGGCCGCUGUCGCAAAACUUGCUGACGGACACUACCGCAUGUACGUCAAGGGCGCUUCUGAGAUUCUUCUCGGCAACUGCGACAAGAUCGUGACGGACGCAUCGAAGGAGCUCACUGCAACCUCAAUGACCAGCGAAAACCGCGAGACGCUCGAGCACGUGAUCAUGACAUACGCUUCUCGCUCGCUCCGAACCAUUGGCCUGAUCUACCGCGACUUUGAGAGUUGGCCACCCAAGGAUUCCAAGCCCAAUGAGGAUGACCCGACCCAGGCCUCGUUUACGGACAUCUUCAAGCACAUGACAUUCCUAGCUGUUGUCGGUAUCCAAGAUCCGCUGCGUGACAGCGUCAAGGAAGCCGUCAAGGACUGCCAACACGCUGGCGUCUAUGUCCGCAUGGUUACAGGUGACAACGUGAUGACAGCCAAGGCUAUUGCUGAAGAUUGCGGCAUCCUCGUUCCUGGCGGUGUCGUUAUGGAGGGCCCCACUUUCCGCAAGCUAUCAAAGAAGGAUAUGGAUGCCGUCAUUCCCAAGCUCUGUGUUCUCGCACGCUCCAGCCCGGAGGACAAGCGCAAGCUCGUGAAGCGCCUCAAGGAGUUGGGUGAGACCGUAGCGGUCACUGGUGACGGUACCAACGACGCUCCAGCCCUCAAGACAGCCGAUGUUGGUUUCUCCAUGGGUAUCGCCGGAACUGAAGUCGCAAAGGAAGCUUCUGCCAUUAUCCUUAUGGACGACAACUUUGCCUCCAUCGUAAAGGCUCUGCUUUGGGGCCGUGCUGUCAACGAUGCGGUCAAGAAGUUCUUGCAGUUCCAGAUCACCGUCAACAUCACUGCCGUCGUCCUCACCUUCGUCUCUGCUGUUUCCAGCGAAGACCAGCAGUCUGUGCUCACUGCUGUCCAGCUUCUCUGGGUCAACCUCAUUAUGGAUACCUUCGCUGCUCUUGCGCUUGCAACCGAUCCGCCCACACGAAGCCUCCUGAACAGGAAGCCCGACCCCAAGUCUGCUCCUUUGAUUACUCUCAGGAUGUGGAAGAUGAUCAUUGGCCAGGCUAUCUACCAGCUGGUGGUCACCUUCAUCCUAUACUUCGCCGGCGAGUCUAUUCUGAGCUACGAAAGCGAGAACGAGAAGAAGCAACUGCCGACUCUUGUCUUCAACACCUUUGUGUGGAUGCAGAUCUUCAACGCUCUCAACAACCGUCGCCUCGACAACCGCUUCAACAUCUUCGAAGGCAUCACUCACAACUGGUUCUUCAUUGGAAUCUUGGCUAUCAUGAUUGGCGGCCAGACUAUGAUUGUCUUCGUCGGAGGUGUUGCUUUCUCCGUCACUAGGAUUAACGGCGCUCAAUGGGGCUACUCGAUUGUCUUGGGUUUCUUGUCGCUCCCAGUGGGCAUGAUUGUUCGCCUGAUUCCCGACGAACUCAUCCGCAAGUGCAUCCCCGACUUCUUCAAGAGGAAGCGCAACCCCGAGGUGGUUGUUACCGACGACGACUUUGAGUGGAACCAGGGGCUUCUUGAGAUCCGCGAUGAGCUCGCUUUCAUCCGCAAGUUCCGCGGCGGCCGCCUCAGCGACAUCAAGUACAAGGUCUCGCAUCCCAAGGAAAUCUUCUCCCGAUCGAGGACCAGCUUUUCUCACCCGAGCACGCCCAACAAUGGUGCCGUUGAACAGGAGGGCUCCCCAGCACCCACCCCGUCCAGCCGACACCGAACCAGGUCUCGCUCCAACUCGGCUUUCGGACCCGCUGCUGUCAUGGCCGGUAUUGUGGCCGGUAGCGUUGGAGGGUGGUCGCCAAUCGGAAAGGAUCUCAGCGACACGGGUUCGCUCAAGUUCAGCCGCAACAUGGGCAAGGACGAACUUGAGGCGCAGCAGGGUAUCGAGGUUCACCCCCAGACUAAGCAGUCGGAUCCGAUCCUCGCCCCCGAUGCGCAUGAAUACCGCGGCCCUCCCAGCCAGAACAUGGAGACGACACCAAACUUUACCAUUGGGCCUUUCGCCGGUGACCCCAAGCUGAACGACAAGAAGGACGACACCAAACCUUGAACCUAUAACCUUGCUUUACUGUACAACAACCUGCAUUCAUGGCGUACUCGGAGUUGAGCAGUUCCACGUGCUGCAGCUGGACGUGCAGGCUCCGCAAUACACGUUUUAAUGUAAAUACCCAUCCGACACGGAUAUCUUCGUUUGCUCUCGCGGUGGUGCGAGCCGCUCAGCUGUGUUGCUGAAGCUCUUGACGGUGGAGAUUGUAGAUUUCCUUUCUGCUAGUAGCAAUCAUCUGGUAGUCCGCAAUCCUAUCACCCACGAAAAUACAAUUCAGUCUUCUCAUGCCCUAGUUCUGACGACGUUCCUUGACUCCAUUGCACCCCGACUCCACCCCACCCCUGACCUCUUCCUCACCUACACCUGCCCCCGGCACCCACACAUCAAACACCGCAUGCACCACCCCCGGCGCAUACAUCUUCACCCGCUGCACAUGCACAACCCUUACCCGCCUCCCGCCCCCCCAC